AUGGACCAAUACGAAGAAUUAUCAGUUAUUGCUAGCGGCACCUACGGAACUGUGAUAAGAUGCAGGCAUCAAAAUACAAAUCAAAUUGUGGCAAUGAAACGAUUUAAACAUUCUGACGAGAUGACUUUGGCAAGGAAUAUGGCCAUGAGUGAGAUCCAAACGUUACAAAAGAUACGUCAUGAGAACGUGGUUACGAUUUUAGAUGAUUUCAGGCACGAUAGAGUCGUGUACUUAGUUCUAGAGCUACUUGAUUGUUCACUGUAUGAUGAGAUGAUACAAAACAAUGGCGGAUUGGGCUAUGAUAAAUGUCGAGAUAGGAUUUUCCAAGUCAUGAGGGGCAUCCUUUAUUGUCAUAGCAUUGGCAUAAUGCAUUUGGAUAUAAAGCCGGACAACGUGUUGGUGUCUUCGUUGGGAGUAGUAAAACUGUGUGACUUUGGUUUGUCACAUACUGUAUCUAGAAUAAGAUUUUCGACGGAUUAUAUAGGCACCCGGUGGUACAGGGCACCAGAAUUGCUAGUCGGUGACUUUACUUAUGGAACUGCUGUUGAUAUUUGGGCAAUCGGCUGUGUCUUUGCUGAGAUAAUGACUGGCACUCCCUUUCUUCCCGGCAAAGAUAGUUUACACCAACUCAAGCUUAUUGGCCUUAAGCUUGGACAAUUUUGUAUGCGUCACAGACUGUUGAUGGUAAAGGAUACAAAUAUGGGCCCAAUAAUCAAGAACUUAACGGGUGAAAAUAAAAUAGCACAGAUCUUUUCGUGGUGGCCUGAGAUCACCGUGGAAUUUUUGAACGAUUGUGUAAAUGUGGAUCCUGCCCAAAGACUACCAGCGCGGAAGAUGAUUCAUCAUCCGUAUUUCACGCACGAUAAUUUUGCACAAAAAUUUCUGCCAACUCUCAGAACCAAAGUGGUAGCCGAAUUUGACCAAAAUCCGUUGAUGAAACCUUAUAAGGGACAAAUUUUGCUAUCUACAGAUUUUAAUGAUGAAGAUUACUUGAUCCUACCUCAUAACAACUCACACGGAGAUCCUACUCUUGAAACUUAA